GUGGUGGUGUAAACUCCAACUUGGGUGAUGAUUUGAUUUUGAAAAUACUCUUCCUCUCCCUCUCUUCCUCUUGGGGUUUCCUCUUUAAUGGCUGCUAAUUGUUGCUCAUCAUCUUCAAUUCCCAGAAUCUGUGGCACUUUUCAUUCACAAAAUUCUACAAACAGAACCAACAUCUCUUAUCCCUUGACAACAAUUUCAUUUUCAAGUAGUAGUUUUUAUGGGUCCUCCCCCUCUUCUAACAAAAUUCAACUAAGAACCCAUGCUAAAUUUGAGAAAUUUCAAAGUGAAGAAGGUGAAGAAACUUCUCAAGUAUCAACAGCUGAAGAAAUCCAACAAGAUGAAGAAGCUGAUAUUCAAGAGGAAGAUGAUAGUUGCUUACCUUCUGACUUGGUGGGUGCGGUGCGGCAAUCAAGUGUUGCAGCUGCGGAGUUUGUCUCUGUAGGAGGAGCAAGAGCUAUAGUUGAGCUUUUAAUUCCACAGUUGGAGUUUCUUGAUGAGGAAGGGGCCCAAGCUGAGCUAUGGGAAUUGUCAAGGAUUUUCGUGGAUACGUUAAUAGAAGAAACAGGGUGUCAGAAAGUAAAAGCAGUGUACCCUGAUGCUGGAGCAGCUGCACUUCUGAAAUAUCAGUGGAAAGAUGCAGCUUUUGGAUUUGCUAGCUUAAGUGAUAGAAAGCCUGUAGAUAAAGACGAUGAAAUUGUGGUUAUGGUGGUUCCUGAUUAUCAGAUGUUGGAAUACGUAGAGAAAAUCGCAGCCAAUAUAUCAGAUGAUCCUGACGUAGAUGAACCAAGGCCUCUCAUCAUGUGGAAUCCACGUCUGUACAGCGCGGACGUAGGCGUCGGUUUCAAUGUUAGGAAAUUACGGCGAUAUUUCUUAAGCACUUUCACGACAGUGUACUCAAUGAGACCACUGCCUAAUGGAGCAGUGUUCAGAUGCUAUCCAGAGUCAUGGAAGGUGUUCUAUGAUGACAAGGAUAGACCGAACCGGUAUCUUUUAGCAAAAGAGCAAAUUAGCCGUCCAGAUUCAGAGGAACUUGAGAUAAUAUUCGGCGAAGUGGAGGAAAAAUCAGAAAAAGGUCCUUCACUUUUCGGUCAAGCAGCCAGUAUAUUUUCUUCAAUGAGUAGGUUCAUGAGAGUCAUCUCAAAAUGAUCUUGUUUUCCUUUGCUUGGCAAUGUGUAUUCUUAUAUGCUAUGUUUUACUGGAUCCAUCACAGAUGAGAGCAAAUUAACAAUUAAAGGUGCCAACUGAACAAUGUGAAAUGGGUUUGAAUCCAAAUAAUGAACAUGGAAAUCAUAUUUCUAUCUUUAAA